UUUCGACACAGUAGGUAAAAUGAUUUCAAGUGGUUAAGAGGUGGUUAUAUGGGAAAAAUUCUCUUUGAUUGUGAAUAAAUUGGAUGUUAUUCAGUGGUAAUUGUUUGUGAAAAAAUGGCUAUUUUAACUGAUACCUGGACCAUUGAUGUCUUGACUGUUUUAUUUGGUGCAUUUGCAUUGGUGUAUUUAUUGGUAAAACGAACGUAUUCGUACUGGGAACGAAAUGGAUUUAAAACGUUAGACGGAUACAAUAUGCUUUUUGGACAUUUCCAAGAGAUAAUAUUUCGCAAAGAAUUUGUCGGCAGCCUUGUAAAGCGACUCUAUGACAGUACAAGUGAACCAUUCAUUGGAAUCUAUAGCAUUCUCCGUCCAAUAUUAUUGGUACGUGAUCCCGAGAUAAUUCGUAUGAUUUUAAUCAAAGAUUUCAAUCAUUUUACGGAUCGUGGCGUUUAUUGCAAUACAGAAAAUGAUCCAUUGUCAGGUCACUUAUUCGCUCUACCCGGACAAAAGUGGAAAAACCUCCGAACGAAGCUAACACCAGCUUUUACCUCUGGCAAAAUGAAAGCGAUGUUUUCAACUCUGCUCAAUUGUGGUUCAGAGUUGGAAAAUUAUCUAAAUAAUUUAGUCGACAAUGGGAAGGUAUUGAAUGCACGAGAAAUUGCAAGUUGUUUUACGACAAAUGUUACCGCAUCGGUGGGAUUUGGUUUGGACGUGGAUGCAAUCAAAAAUCCGGAUAAUGAAUUUCGAAUUUGUGGCCGUGAAAUUUUCAGCUCAAAUAUCAUAAAUGUAAUUCGUCAUCUAUUAUUUUUCAAUUCGCCGAAAAUAAUGCAAUCGAUUGGAAUGAAAACGGCACAACCAAGUGUGGAGAAUUUUAUACGAUCGGUUGCCUACCAAAAUGUAGAAUAUCGUGAAAAAAAUAAUGUGAGCCGCAAAGACAUUUUUCAAUUAUUAAUUCAGUUACGAAAUACAGGCAGCGUAAAUGAGUCGGACGAUAAGUGGGAUGUGAUCAAAUCGAGCGAAAAUCAAAUGAAGUUUACAUUGGAUGAAAUCUCAGCACAGGCAUUCCUUUUCUUUAUUGCUGGCUUUGAGACAUCUUCAACCACAUUAUCGUUUUGUUUGUAUGAAUUGGCGAAAAAUGUAGAUAUUCAGCAACGCGUUCACGAUGAAAUCGACGCGGCUGUACGGAAGCACGAUGGUCAUUUGACAUACGAAACACUUACCGAGUUAAAAUAUUUGGACACCUGCAUUGAUGAAACGCUCCGGAAAUAUCCCUCGUUAUCACUCUUGCCUCGUUCUUGUGUAAAAGACUAUCAGAUUCCCGGCACUAAUAAAGUGAUUAAAAAAGGUGUACAACUAUAUAUUCCAGUGCUUGGACUCGGAAUGGAUGCAAAAUACUACGAAGAACCAGAAAAAUUCAUUCCGGACCGAUUCAAUGAGGAAAAUUCAGUUGGGAAGAAUUUGAUUAAUCGACCAUAUCUUCCGUUUGGUGCAGGACCGCGGAAUUGCAUCGGACUUAAAUUGGGGCUAUUACAAACAAAAGUCGGACUCGUUAUGAUGCUAAAAAAAUUUCGCUUCGAAUUGUCCGAUCUCCACAAUAAAAACACUGAAAUGAAAUUCGAUCCGAAAUUUUUCUUCAUGGCUCCACUUGAUGGAAUUCAUCUUAAAGUUUUUAAGCGAUAAACACAAUAAAUUUGAUCUGUCAGACAUUCAAGAAUAACCUUGCAUAUUUUUUAACAUUUCUUGUAAAUUUUAAAUGUUUGGUUAUAAUGAAUCUCUGCAACUACACAAUGAUUAAUUAUGAUUAAUUUAGUAAAAUAAAGUUAAUGCAUCAUCUGAAGCAUGACAGCAUACCAACAAA